UAAAUUUUUUAAGUAAUUGAAAAAUAAGUUUCUAUUACGACAUGGCAUUACGAAUUAUUUUAAAUAAAUCAUAUAUCCAAUUUCCAAAAUGUUAUAUUCAGCCAAUUUUCGUCAAUAAUUAUUGUAAUAAAAACAACAAAACUGAAACGAAAGACCCAUCAAAAAAGAAAGAAGAAGCCUCAAAAAAAUUAAAUUAUCUUUUACAAUCAAUAAUUAAAGAUGAUAACCCUAAAAUUGAAAAAGCUGAAUUUUCUAAACCAAAACCAAAAAACAGAACGAAGAUACACGUGAAGUCUGAUAAAAGUAAAGAUGAAACGAAAAUAAUUAAAGCAGCCGAAGAUGUCGCAAAAUCACUAGGAGGAAAUAUAGAAAAAACAAAAUCUGAAUUAAUAUCAAGGCUACUAUCGUAUUCGGAUGAAAAAAAAGUUGAUACUACGAACAUGUCUCAAUUAAUUUCAAAUAUGAAAGUAGAAAGCCAAAAAACUCCAUCACGCAGUGAACAAGCACGGCAAAUUUUAAAAGAUAAACCUCCAAUUAAACAACGUUUCACAAGAUCAACAUCAGUUUCACAAGCAGAACGCUUAGAUUUAUUUGGGGGAGAUCCAUUAAAUAUUUUCUCAAAAUUGGAGACAAAAACUGAAAAUAUUGCCUUAAAAACGUGGAAACACCUACAGAAUCGUGAAUUACGACUAGCUAUAACACAUCCACCCAGUAAUUAUUAUCAACAAAUGAUAUUAUGGACGGAACAAGGAAAAUUAUGGAAGUUUCCAAUAGAUAAUGAACAAGGAAUGGAAGAUGAACAAAAUGUCUACUUUGCGGAUCAUGUAUUUUUAGAACCGUUGUUAGAUGAUUGGUGUCCGCGACAAGGGCCAAUUAGGCAUUUUAUGGAAUUAGUUUGUGUUGGUUUAUCCAAAAAUCAUUUUUUAACGGCAACCGAAAAACGUGCACACAUUGAUUGGUUUAAAAGUUAUUUUAGUGAGAAAAUUGAUUUAUUGAAAGAAGUUGGAGCUGUUCCUAUAGAUCAUACAAUGCAACCGGAACAAAGUGCUUAAAAUAGUUUUAAUAUUUCAUAUGUUAAUAAAAAAAACGUUGUAAAUGA